AUGCUUCGCUGGGUCUUGUUUGCUCUGUUCCUUGGUAUCUGUGCCAGUGCCGGAGAACAGAAAAAAAGGAAAGCACAGCCUCAGUCCUUCUCAAGAGGAUGGGGGAAUAGUAUUAGUUGGGUCCAAAGUUAUGAAGAAGGCCUGUCACAGAUGGUGAAAAGUCAGAAGCCGCUGAUGGUCAUCCAUCAUAAAGUCGACUGCCCGCACAGUAAAGCCCUGAAGAAGGCAUUUGUUGCUGCAAAGUCCAUCCAGAAAAUGGCCAAAGAGGAUUUCAUCAUGCUCAACCUGUUGGAAGAGACUACAGACAAGAAUAUGGCCCCUGAUGGCUUCUAUUAUCCCAGAAUCCUCUUUGUUGAUCCAUCUAUGACUGCGCGCACAGACAUUGUAGGAAAGUACAGCAAUCGCAAAUACUCCUACGAGCCCGGCGACAUGGCAUUCUGUGAGUGA